AUGCCCGGCCACGCAAACAAUGAUUCUUCCGCCUCGUCGUCGUCGCGACCGCUGAACAACGGCAGCAGCAGCAACAGUAGUGGCAAUAGCCCGCCGGGCGAUCGAGACGAGCUGGAACUCUGGAGCGACGACGAAGACAUUGCCGACGUCCUUGUCGAAGACCCUAUCCGCGAAGACCUCAACGAACCCCUUUCCUUCAAGCGCAAACAGAAGCAGAGCGUACUAUCGACCCCCGGCCGCUUCCUCUCCGCGAUCACCGGCUCAAGACCCGGCACGGCCUCCCCACACUCCUCCCCGCGAGCUCGAACACCCAAUCAAGAUUCGGGCCGACAAGACUUCACCUCUCCGCGCAGGACAGGUGGUAAUGCCGCCGCAAGCCAGAGCACAAAAGAUGGCGCGCCAUUGGACUGGUACGUCGAGGGACCAGGUAGAAGAGUGGGAUAUGAGGACUUAACUGCGAUCGAUUGGAUCUUCGAAUACACGAAGGAGCGCCAACGGCUGCGCGUACUAUACUCCGGCGCGACUGGCCUCCUGGGAUACUUCCAGCAACUUAUGGACUCGAGUCAAGUCUGGGUUAUUCUCAUCUUGACUGGCAUGGCGGUGGGAGCCGUAGCAGCUGGGAUUGACAUCACCACGGACUGGCUUGGCGACCUGAAGACGGGCUACUGCUCUAGCGGUCCAGAGGGAGGCGCAUUCUACCUGAACAAGGGAUUUUGCUGCUGGGGAUAUAAUGAAUUCUCCAAAUGCGCCGGGUGGACGCCCUGGGCGAAGGCACUGGGAGUCACGUCGUCGGUCGGAAAGUGGUUUAUAGAGUAUUUCUUCUUUAUUUCCCUAUCAGUCGUCUUGGCAUCAGCAGCGGCACUUCUGGUGAAAGAAUACGGAAUCCAUGCGAAGCAUAGCGGUAUCCCCGAGAUCAAGACGGUGUUGGGAGGGUUCAUCAUCCGCAGGUUUCUUGGCAGUUGGACCUUGAUCACCAAGUCACUGGGAUUGUGUCUUGCUGUUGGCUCCGGCAUGUGGCUGGGCAAAGAAGGUCCUCUCGUUCACGUCGCUUGCUGUUGCGCAAACCUGUUCAUCAAGCUAUUCAAGAACAUCAACGAAAACGAAGCUCGUAAGCGAGAAGUUCUGUCGGCAGCUGCAGCAUCCGGUAUUUCAGUUGCGUUUGGCGCACCGAUUGGAGGUGUCUUGUUCAGCCUCGAGCAAAUCUCCUACUACUUCCCAGACAAGACCAUGUGGCAGAGCUUCGUAUGUGCCAUGACUGCUGCAGUGGUCCUUCAAGCAUUUGAUCCUUUCCGCACCGGACAACUUGUCAUGUACCAGGUCAAGUACAGCACUGGCUGGCACGGCUUCGAGCUCAUACCCUUUGCCCUGCUGGGUAUUCUUGGCGGUAUUUAUGGUGGCUUGUUCGUGAAAGCCAAUAUGGCCGUUGCUCGGUGGAAGAAGAACACGCCCUGGCUACCAGGGCCCAUCAGUCAGGUCGCCAUCGUUGCGUUUUUGACGGCGCUCAUCAACUACCCGAACUCCUACAUGAAGUUCCAGACGUCAGAACUCGUCUCUAACCUUUUCGUCGAAUGUACGAAGUACGUCGAUGAUGAGAUUGGACUCUGUAAGACAGGAGCUGCCUCGGCACCAACCAUCGUACUGCUGGUGUUUGGAACCAUCCUUGGCUUCUUCCUCGCCACGAUCACCUUUGGUUUACAAUUGCCGGCUGGAAUCAUCUUGCCGUCGAUGGCUAUCGGAGCUCUGAGCGGCCGUGCGGUUGGUAUCAUCAUGGAGAUUUGGGUCACUAACCAUCCGACCUUCUUCCCCUUUGCCUCCUGCGAGCCAGACGUACCCUGCGUGAUACCAGGGACUUAUGCCAUCAUUGGCGCAGCAGCAAGCUUGGCCGGAGUCACUCGAAUGACCGUCUCGAUCGUCGUCAUCAUGUUCGAGCUGACCGGAGCUUUGACAUACGUUCUGCCCAUCAUGAUUGCGGUCAUGAUAUCGAAGUGGGUUGGAGAUGCUUUCUCUCGCCGGGGCAUCUACGAAGCUUGGAUACACUUCAAUGAGUAUCCAUUCCUAGACAACAGCGAGGAGAUGGUUAUCCCCGACAUUCCUGCUUCUCAAAUCAUGACGCGCAUCGAGGACUUGGUCGUCCUCACGGCAACGGGCCACACCAUCGCCAGCCUCAAAAACAUACUUGAUACGCACCCUUAUAGGGGCUUCCCAGUCAUCUCGGAUCCCCGUGACGCCAUUCUUCUGGGAUACAUCUCCCGACAAGAACUUAUAUACAACCUCAAGAUGGCUUCAUCGCCUCCACGAUCUCUGCCGCCUGAGACAGAGGCCUACUUUUCCCAUCAGCCGCUCGCGGACCCGCGCACGACACUGGAUCUCCGGCCGUGGAUGGACCAGACGCCGAUCACCAUGCCUUCGCGCUCCGGUCUGCACCUGGCAGUCACCUACUUCCAGAAGCUCGGCCUCCGUUACGUACUCUUCAGCGACCGUGGUGCCUUGCAGGGGCUCUUGACCAAGAAGGACGUUUGGUACGUCCUGAACGGCGCAGAAGAGACUCGCAGAACGAGUGGCCUCAGCAGAGACAUGGGAGUUCAGUCUGGCAUUACGCGAGAAGACGCAGGCGGCGAGCAGAGAGGUCUGCUGAGGGAUGAUGGGCACGAGGAGGGAACAAGCCCGGCGGAUGACCGGGGACCGAUAUUAUGA